AUAAAUAAAAGAAAAGGCAGUGCUUUAUUUUUAUUUAUUUGUUUAUAUGUGUAUGUUUUUAAUUUAGUGGUGAGGGGAUCAAAUAAAAAAAAUGAUUGUUGGACAUUUAAAAAAAAAAUGUAGCCAGGUGGUGGUGGCACAUAUCUUUGAUCCCAGGACUCUGGAGGCAGAGGCAGUCAGAUCUCUGUGAGUUCAAGGCCAGCCUGGUUUAUAAUGUGAGUUUCAGGGCAACUAGGACUAUAAUACAGAGAAACCCUGUCAAGAAAAACCAAAUAAUAAUAACAAUAAUAAUAAUUUUUUGUGGCAGGGUCUCGUGUAUCCCAGGCUGGCUCAGACUCUCUACGUGGCUGAGGAUGAUGCUGAAACUCUGAUUCUCCUGCCUCUGCCUCCCAAGUGCUGGGGUUACAGAUGAUCAUCACCACACCUGUUUAAAGGGGUGCUGGGGAGCAGAGCCAGGACUUCAUGCUUACUAGACAAACACCCUACCAACAGAGACACAUACCAGCCCAUUUGAAGUCUUGAGACACUGUCUUACUAAAGUGCCAGGCUGACCUCAAACUUGCCCCCUCUUACUCCAGCCUUACAAAGCAGCUGGCAUUACAGACUUGCACCACCACUACUGCCUAGCACCUGUGCUUUCAAAUUCUCUCCUCAGGGAAAAGUAAUCUGUAGGUAGAGCUUACAAACCUCGAUCUAACUUCAUUUGAGAAAAUCGUUUGUAGAUAUAAUUGUUAUUUUUAAUAAAUCAGAAAUUAUUUGAAAGCAGACAACCAAAUUACUCAUUCAUAUAUGUUAUAUAAGCAUGAGGGUUCUAGGUGCUGCUCUUCUUGGAAAGAAUCUUGUCUGCUUCCUGUGAAAAUGCAAAUGGGCACAAAGGACCUGAAAAGCAUUACAGCACUUUCUGUUUGCUAAAUUUGGGGUUUUGACAUUUAUUAUUUGUUUGUUUGUUUAUUAACUUUGUGUGCAUGUGUGUACAUGUGCUUGUACCAUGGUGUAUGUAUGGGGGUCAGAGGGCAGUUCUAUGGAAUCUGUUCUCUCCUUCUACCUUUCCAUGAUCCCCGGGUACUGUCAGGCGUGGGCUACAGGCCCCGUUCACCUGCAGCUCAACAGUGUUUUUGAUUCUCUGAGACAGAGUCUCAGUUGCAGUUCUGGCUGAUCUUGAACACCUGGCAGCAAUCCUCCUGCCUCAGUCUCCUAAGUGCUGAGAUUGCAGGCAUAUGCCACUGCAGCCAGGUUAGCAUGUCUCUCUUACUAUGUUUUUUUUUUGAGAGGAGGCUACAGGAUAUGGGGGCUAAGCCAUAGAAUAUGUGAAAUAUGAUGUAAUUUCUUUUAUUUUCUUAGAUUUAUUUAUCUUAUGUGUAUGAAUGUUUUACCUGAAAAUGUGUAUGUGCACCAUGUGCAUGUCUGGUGUUUGAGGAAGUCAGAAGAGAGCUUCAGACACCCUGGUACUAGAAUUAUAGAUGGUUGUGAACCACCAUGUGAGUUCUGGGAAUUGAGCCCAAGUCCUCUGCAAGAGCAGUAAGUGUUAUUAACCACUGAGCCAUCUCUCCAGCCCUGGUAUGCUGUAAUUAAAAAAUAUAUAUAUUGUCCGAUAGUUGUAUCCACUUUGUGGUACCAAAAAAAGGGGGUGGACAUGGAGGGCUCAUUAGUUAAGAGCAUAUACUGCUUUUGCGGCAAACCCAAGUUCAGUCCCCAGCACCCAUAUCAAAUGGUUCAGUCAUCUGUAACUCCAGCUCUAGGGGAUCUGAUGCCCUCUUCUGUGCUCCACAGGCACCUACACUCAUACAUGCACACACCCACACACAGACACACAUGCCUAAAAGAAAAAAUUUUAAACAUUAAAAAACAAAAUAAAAGUAAAUUUUAGGGGCUGGGGAGAUGGAUCCGUGGUUAAGGCACUUGUUGCUCUUGCAGAGGACCUGGGUUUGGGUCCCAGCACCCACAUAGUGUUUCACAACCAUCCUUAACUCCAGCUCCAGGGGAUCCAACAUCCUCUUUUUUGUUGGUUUGGUUUGGUUUUGGUUUUUCUCUGUGUAGCCCUGUCUGUCCUGGAACUUGCUCUGUAGACCCGGCUGGCCUCAAACUCGGAGAUCCCCCUGCCUCUGCCUCCUGAGUGCUGGGACUAAAGGUGUGCACCACCACUGCCUGGCUUCCACACCCUCUUCUGAGCUCUGAGGGCACCAAACAUACACAUGGUGCCCACAUAUACACAGGCAAAACACUCGCGUGCAUAAAAUAGAAACCCAUCUUCUUAAAAUCUCUUUAAAACGUUUUCAAAAUCAGUUCUCUGUACAUUUACCUUAUUCCACACUUCACAUUCCUGUAUGCUGUCACCACCACUGUCCUCAAUGCGCCCUGGGAUAUAGGUAGAGCCAGAACUAUCAUCUUUAUUUUGUGUAUGGGUAAACUGAGACCCACUUAGGCAGGUCUGGUGGUACUGUUUGGAAGGAUGAGGCAGAAAAUUCAAGGCUUGCCCGGUCUACAGAGUAAGCUCGAGGCCAGACUAAGCAGCUAAGGGGGACCCUGUCUCAAAGUGGGGAAAGAGGGCUGGGCUUCGAAGAAAAGCAUUCGCCCAGCACUCACGAGACACAAACUUCAAUCCUCAGCACCAGAACCAAAUAAACACGCAACUGAGGUCCAACUAAGGAAAGCGACUCUUCUGGAGGCACGGAUUUGGCAGAGGCGGCCCCGGCAAAGCCACCGGCGACUCCCUUCCCUGUCCCCUGCCUCCAGCUGCCCCCCACUUACUUCUCAGCGCCCCACCUCUGCUCUGUUCGGUGUUCCUCUCCACUUCCAUCCCUUCCCCUUGCUUUCAUCAAUAAACGGAGUCAGCUUUGCAAGCCAUCCAAACCUUUGCUCGCUCUGGAAACUUGCCCAGCCCUAGCCCGAGCCCGGGCCCCAACACCUAUCACCACAAAGUCGGCAUCGUGCCUUGAGUGAGCCUUUUCCAGGUGUCAGGAUGAAGAGAUUAACUUGGGGUGACACUCUGGCUGCCAACUGGCCCCAGAUAAGAUAAGGGUGGAGAUCAGCGCAAUAAAUAGGUCCCAACCUCACUCUUGGCCCAGGCCACGGUUGGCUGAGGUCAUACCUAACUUCACAAGCAGCAUGGCUCUGCACCUGUGGAUGGUCACCCUGACCUUGGCUGCCUUCCUUGCCAUGGACAGGGUAGUUGAUUGCAUGUUCCAAGCAGAGGCCCUGGGCCCGACCACUUUGUCUGAAUUCCCCCAAUACUUCUGUUUUCCACAGCCCAUCUGUGAGCACAUGGCAGAGUCUCCAAAGUGUCCCCAGACACCUAAACCGAUCUGCGGCACAGAUGGGGUGACAUAUAAAAAUGAAUGCCAUCUCUGCGUGACCCGGAUGUAAGUCCCCUCCCCGUCCAACUUGCUUGGGUGGCCCCCUCUCUGGUACAUGCACAUCUGAAGGGAGCAGGGCUUCCACUCACCUGUCACACACACAGACUUGGCCAGAGAAGAGUCCUCAAACCUUUGCCUAGCAAAAUGAGCUAAAUGUAACUCAAAGGAAGCACAGGACUCCAGGUCAAAAGCCAGAGACUGACAGAUGUGGAGGGAGGAGGCAGAAACCCUGAGUGGCCAGACAAUCUCAUCUGAUCUUUCAUUCCUCUAGCCAACUGUUAUUUAGUGAGCACUUACUAUGGCUAGUCCCCGAGAGCUUCUCUAGUUUCUUGGAGUCAGGCUAAGAGAGAGAAGCCAAGCCAAUAAGCCAGUCAACAGCAGAGCAGCUCAAGACUCAGAUGGAGCACACAGGAGCAGGGCCAGGGGACACUAGAGGAGGUAGACUAGAAAUCAUCUAGAAAAAAGGAAAGAAAAGUCUGAGAGAACAAAGGGAAUUUAGAAAGGCCUAUAAAGGAAAAUUAGUUUGUGCUUAAAGAAAUACAGAAAGUUGGACAUAGUAAAAUGGGAAAUGGAGGAGGGAUGAUAAAGGAGAUGAGUCGGGGCUAGACCAUGACCUUGACCACCUACUUGGUCUCAGUUUUCUCACCAGUACAGUCAUCAGCCUGAGGGCCCAGUGAGAUCACGGGGAGAAAUCUUGGGCAAUGCCAAGCUGUCUAGGCAGAUGUGAAAGUCUGUAUUGGAGGGAAUGUAAGAAGGUAGAGCUCUGGCUGUGAAAGGGUCACGAUCAAGAUUCAUGAGGAGGUGGUACAUUGGGGUAGAUCUGACAGGCUCAGUCUGACUGGUGUGAAGGGGGAGGGGAGAAAGGGCAUAAGAACAAUUGCCCUUCCUCCCUUCCUUUCCUCUUUCUGAAACAGGGUCUAGCUAUGUUGUCCAGAUUGGUCUUGAACUCAUGAGCUCAAGGAAUCCAUGGUUUGGUUUUGUUUCAGUACUAGUGAUUGAGCUACAGCUCCACCUUUAUUUUGAAACAGGGCCUUGUUAGGGUGCACAGGCUUUGAGCUCAUUUUAUAAAGCUCAGGGAAGCCUUCAUGUUAGAACCCUUUGCCCAGCCUCCCAAGUAAGGGAUUCUAGCCCUGUAGUUCCAGGCCUAGUAACUUAUUUACGUAUGGCCUUGGGUGGCUAGUGGUAUCAUUUGCUAAGAUGGGAGCUAGAAGGGCAGCUUUGGGAGGCAGUGAUGUCUGUGGACAGUUGGUCUCUGGUGUAUCUUGGUGGGGUCAUUGCAAUAGGUACAAAAACAGGCAGGACAAAGAUUUGGCAGCCAUCAGCAAGCAGUGAUAGCUGAAACCCCAAGAAGCUGAAAGUUCUCAGGGUAUGUGUAAGAGCGUCAGUUUAUAGGGGGAUGUGCUCCCCCCCUCCACACACACACCUGCUCUGCAUCUGGACAUUUCCAGGAGGGGCUCAGAGGGAGGAUGGCCUGGGCCUGGCUUUUGAAUCAUCCUUUUAGUUCCUACAGUUAAUGGCCUCAUCCUUAUCUUCUUUGAUUCUAGAAAAACCCAAAAGGAUAUCCAGAUCAGGAAGGAUGGCAAGUGCUGAGCCCAGAGGCGCACUCAAGCCAUGCAACCUCGAGCUGGAGAACGCGAUGCUCCAGAGGCUAUGGUGGGAAAUAAAAGAUGCAGCCCAAGCCGGUGAAGUGGACCAGUCUUUGGGAACUCUGGGGAGGAGGUGCCAGCGAAGGAUAGGCUCAGCCUGGCUAGCCCUCCCAGCUGAGCCUGUUAUCCGGCUACCCUGGCCCUCAACCUUGUUACAGGUCCCAAUAGAGCCCUCAGUUACCUUCCGUUUGCUUGAGGUCAGACUUUGACCCCAGGACACUGCCCAGUGCCCCACCUACCUCAGGCCAAGAACUUAAGAGAUAAGCAUCCUGAACUGCCCAGUGUGGUUCAGUGGCACCAGAAUCCAUGCACGUAUUUCUUCUGGGCUGACCGGCGCUUGGAGGCAGACACACACACACACACACACACACACACACACACACACACACACACACACAUACACACACACAAGCUUGACAAGGCAUGGCAGGCAUACAGGCAGUAUUUACUGUACAACUGAACUGCUUCUUAUAAUAUCAAACUAUUUUGUUUUGGAUUGAAACCAUUUUAACUGUGGAACCCAGGCUGGCUUUAAACUCUCAGGCCUCCUGCCCCAGCCUUCUGAGUGCUACAAACUAGGUGUUUAUAAUAUUAUAAACAUUCAAAACUGAGCAAUGUUCCAUGCUCUGUGAGUGCUUUCCUGCACAGCUCACCCAGAGAGCUCUGGAUCUCAGGUCCAGUCUCAUGUCAGCUCCUAGCAUAGCAGGGUGACUGGAAGACCUUCCCUGCCCAAGUUAAUAUCUACUUUGACUGGCUGACAUUAGACAUGAUCAUAUAGGCACAUACAUCCAGAAAUCCCACAUACUCCAGCUCAGCGGUUCUCAAUGCUGCGACCCUUUAAUACAGUUCCUCAUGUUCUGAUGACCCCCCCAACCAUAAAAUUAUUUUCAUUGCUGUAUCACAAUUUUGCUACUGUUAUUAAUCAUAAUGCAAAUAUCUGAUAUGCAACCCCUAAAGGGGUCAUGACCCACAGGUUGAGAUUCACCGCUCCAGCCCAUAGUAUAUGCUGAAUAACCUCUACUGGCCAAAACCUAUAGAAGCAUUUUUGUUUUGAAACAGUCUAUGUAGCGCUGGCUGGCCUGGAACUUGCCCUGUGGAUCAGGCUAGCCUCAAACUCAAGAGAGAUCUGCCUGCCUCUGCCUCCUGAGAGCUGGGAUUAAAGGUGUGCAUUAUGACCCUCAGCAAAAUUUGAUUAUUAUACAUAUAUGGAUGUCUGUGUAUGAAGAGGCGAGAAGGGCAGGGGAUCCCCCUCCCCCGAGAACUGGAGUUACAGUUGUGAGCUGCCAUGUGGGUGCUAGGAAUUGAACCCAGCUCCUCUGCAAAGCAGUCAGUGCUUUUAACCUCUGAGUCAUCUCUUCAGCUAGAAGCCUCUUGACAUGAAGGCAGGGUAGUGGAGUGUGGAGGGGCCUGGCCAGGCAGUAACAAUUUACUCAGGUCCAGAUUCCUGCUCUAGGGGUGUGAAAAGGACAGAAAUGCUCUGGAAUGACACAUCUGAGGAAAGCCAGUCAAGAAAGGCAAACCCCAGCAUCCCCCUGCUUGCUUGUCUCACUUCACUGCUCCAGUGAAUGCUGAUUCACAGGUGGCAGGGGCUUUGGUCAGCUGCCAACAGGCUUUUCCAUCGCUGUGACCAACUGGUUCCCACCUGCAGCUCAACAGUAUAGGGUUAAGUAUAUCCUUAUCCUAGCCAAACCAAACCAAACACAAACCACAAGAGGAGCAGGCUUAACUGUGUGGACGCUCAUUCUCCUCACACAGGUCUAUGCCGACCAGCACGGUAUGCCGACCGGCAGCUCCGUGCUCUGGGCUGUUCCUCGAUCACCUUCACUUCAGCCUGUCUCCGUAUGAGGCAGCUGCUCCGAUGGCAGCCAUCAUCUACACUCCAGGCCACAGAUAAGGCAAGGGCACCAUCUUCCUCCAGAGACACUGCAUUCCACACAGGCAUAGUAUGCUCAUAUCCCAAUGUCUUAAAUGUCACCUCUUGGCCAGGUAACAGCAAGGAGACUGAGAAAUCUAACCCUAGGCUCUGUUAAACUAAAAAUUAGGAGUUAGUGCAGGAGGGGAGGUGAGUACUGGUGGCAUCUGGAAGUUUCCAUCUUAGGUGGCAAGUCUCUCUCACAUACACACAUAAACCAGAGCAGCCAAGCAUUUCCUCGGUAACCCUUCCUUCUUAGGACUCCUCCAAGGAAUCACCAAGAGUAAAACUUGAACAAUCUUCCUGAUACCCCACUGGAAGGAAUGCAUAAUUCCCCAUCUACAUUUGUGGUCUGAAAUGUAAGUGUGAGCCUCUAAAGACGAUACAGUGGGGGUUUUGUUUUUAGGGAAAAGAUAUUGGUGUGGGGGUUUACUGAAGACAGAAACCAUGGCCUUGCACAUGCCAAGCAAACUACCACUGAGCUACAUCUCCAGCCCUUCCUAAAGACUCUGCCUAUGGCACAUGACCAUGCUGACCAUUGCUGACUGCUCAAAAGAUUCUUCUUCAGGUCUUGGAAAUAAACAGAAGCAAGUUCCUCUGAGGCUGCUGAUAGCCAGGUUUCCUAUCUUGAGGGAAGAGCACUGUUUGGGGAAUGAGAGGGCACAAACAGAAGGGGUAAGGCCUGACGGUGGGCAAUGCGUGAGUUCCUGAAGCCCAGCUACUCUGGACCUUCCCAAAGCUGCAUGGCAUAACUUGGCUGGUAUCUUGCCCAGUUUGUAAAAACUACUAUUAGUUAGUUAGUUAGUUAGUUAUUGGUUUUUCAAGACACAGUUUGUCUUGACUAUCCUGGAACUUACUCUAUAGACCAGGCUAGCCUGAACUCAGAUAUCCUCAUGCCUCUGCCUCCUGAGUGCUGGGAUUAAACAAGUGUGCCACCACCGCCUGGCUUAAUACUUAUAAUUUUUGAGACAGCUCUGAACUCAGGACCCUCCUGUCUCUGAAGAGCUGGGUCUAUAAGCAGCUAUCUGCCUAUAAAGAAGUUAUGGGCUCCGCUCACGAUUCUCCUUCACUUUAUCUCUUUGGAACUGAGUCUCUGAUACUUCACAUAAAAAGAAGUCCUGAUCACCACAUGGAGAAAGGCUUCUCUGAAGAGGGUUAGCAGUGCUGGGGCCAUCUGCAACCCCAGCACUUGGGAGGCCGAUGUAGGAGGAUUACACUUUGAUACAGUCUGGGCCACCCAGCAAAACCUCACCUUCAGUGAUGGCCACAGAGGGAAGGAGGAGGGACGGACUAACACUGGAGCUGCAGUGAAGGGCAAGGGAAAAUGUGACUAACCACGCGAGACGUCUUCCAGCUCUGAGGCCGGAGGACUAGUUUGGAGAAUUACACUCCUUUUUCAUCCGCCCUGUGUGGGACUGAUCAAGUCCUAGGAAAGUGGGCAACUGAGAGAGGUGCCCUUUCCUCGGCCUGAGACAGAGCCAUCCUGUGCGUAAACAGGUCUAUGUGGAUAGGGCCUGUACCCACGGCCACCAUGCUAUACAUCCGCAGUCUACGGCUUAGGGCCUCUUUUCUCAACCUUUAAAUGAGUUAUCUGUCGAUGCUAUGCUAUAAAUCCCAAUGCAGACAAGAGCAUUUCCACGGCCAAGCACAGCUGUGGAAAUUCCACACUAUGGAUGUAUACACUCAGCAUUCAUUUGAAAACCUCACACUAGGUAACAUGCUUGACCUGUUGUCAAGACAAAACUCCCCACCAAGGGAGCUGCAGUCCGGGGCUAGAGGCAAAAAGGCAAAAAUCGAAUGACCCCACAGGUCAUGGCCUGUGGUAAGUGCUGUGAGGGAAAGGUACAGGAGGCACGGGAGGUACCAGCUGGGCCUCAAUAGUCUCGGGGAUGGGAUGGGAUGGGAUGGGAUGGGAUGGGAUGGGAUGGGAUGGGAUGGGAUGGGAUGGGAUGGGUAUAUUUCCCCAUGGGAGAGACAUUCAAUGACAUUCCGGAAAACGGACAGGAGUCAGGUGACAGAGGAGAAAGAACAGUACAGGAAAGUUGGUGAGAGGCUGUCCACACAGCAGCAGGGGCAGCAAAGUCCCCAGAGCAGGAGACACCACCAUCAAUCCGAGGACCUGAAAGACUAGAGUGGCUGACAAGUGGGGGCUGAGAUGAGGUGAGAGGAGACGGAGGAAAGGACUUUUGUCCUUCCUUCUGAAAGGUAUGAUGGUUGAGACAGAGUCUCACAGGGUGGCACAGGCUGGCCUUAAACUGAUGGCAAUCCUCCUGCAUCAGACUCUCUGGUGCUAGAAUUAUAAGUGCAAGUUAUCGUGCCUGGCAAGGACUGUAGGUCUUUAUCCUAAGAGGCCCUGGAACCCUGGAGGCUUCCAAACAGAACUCUCACAUAUUUUAGCAUCACUCAGGCUGCUCUGGGGAAAAUGAACUGGAGCGGGGCGGACCAAUUAUCUUGCUACUGUGUCCUGUGGCUAUGACAAAUACCCUGACAAGAGCAACUGAAGGGAAAAGGGGGUUAUUCGCUCCUAAUUCCACGUUAGUUCCUCAGGGCAGAAAGUCACAGGAACUUGAGGAAGUUGGUCACACAGAAUCCACAGUAAAGCAGCAGAAGGAAGGAGGAAUGCAAGCAUGCUGGUGCUCGGCUUGCUGCUUCUCCUCAUACAGUUCAGAGUCCUCUGCCUAGGGGAUGGUGUCACCCACACUGGACAUGUCUUCCCACCUCAGUUAACAUACUCAAAAUAAGCCCCUCAAAGGCAUGUUCACAGGCCAACCUAGUCUAGACAAUCCUUCAAUGAAACUCCCUUCCCAGGUAAUUUCAGGUUGUGUCAGGUUGACAAAACUAACCUUCCAGGGGCUGGGGAGGACCGCUCUGCAGUUAAGAGCAUAUACUGCUCUUAUAAGAGAACCUGAGUUCAGUUCCCAAAUCUCACUUCAGGCAGCUCAUAACCACCUGCUCCAGGGGAAUCCAGCACCUCUGGCUUCUGUGGGUACACACACACACACACACACACACACACACACACACACACACACACACACCACAGUUUAUAAAAAACAGAACAAAACUAACCAUAUUAAUAUAGAUCAAUACAGGGUAUAACCAGAAAGCUAGAAUAAGAGAUAAAAUAUGUAUGACCCAUGUCAAUCAGGAGGAAGACCAGAGCGGGAUUAAAAGCAUUGGCUCUGUUUGGAGGAUGUUAGCCUGCUUGCCUGGCACGAACAAGACCCUUAGUUUGUUCCUCAGCACUACAGAAUGAGAAAGAAGAGCGUUGGUAGGGGAGAGGGGAAGGAAGAAAGGAAGAAAAAGAAAGAAUGAUGGAGGGAUGGCUUGGCAGUUAAGAGCACUGGCUGCUAUUGCAAAGGACCUGGGUUCAAUUCCCAGCACCCAUAUGGUAGCUCACAACUGUCUCUUAACUCCAGUCCCAGGGGAUCCGAUGCUUCCUUCUGGCCUCUGCAGCCACCAGGCACACACACGGUGCACAGACAUGCAUGCAGUCAAAAUAUCCAUACACAUACUACAAAUGAAACUUUUAAAAAAGCACCCAGCUUUGUGUUGUGGCUCUGCCAUCUUUCCCAUUUCCUCCACCUCUUUACUAUGUGAGGAUUAGACCACUAAAAUAUACACAGAACAGUACCUAGUGCUAAGCAACUUUGUGUGUUCGUGUGUGUGCAGGGUCUAGAAGACAACCUCAGAAUUUGGUCCAAGAGCCAUCCACCGUUUAUUCUUUUAAAACAGGGUCUCGCAGUGGCUAGACUGGCUGGUCCGUGAGCCCCGGGGAUCGGCCUGUCUUUACCCCCUAGUGCGAGGAUUAUAAGCAUGAACUACCACUCUCAGCUUUAAAAACAACCAGACAAACAGGGGUUCUGAGCAUCAAACUCGGGGCCUCUUGCUUGUGUGACCAACAUUUCACCAACUGAGCUCUCUCCCCAAGGCCCACAGUAACCUGUUAACUGUGACCCAGGGCCAAACAGCUGCCACAGAAAACAGACAUGGACUGUUAAGUUGGGAACGGGCUGGGCUGGGCCCUGAGUCCUGUCUACUGUUUACCUCUACUACCACCAGGUCUGAUGUCUCGGUUACCCAGUCCUAAGUCCCUGGGACUUCAGUGAAGCCCUCUGUAAUGAGAUGAACCUCAGAGGGCCUGCUGAAAGCCUGUCUCCUGAGUACUGUGCUAAAGAAUGGGCGGACAGCAACUGACUAGCUUAAAGGAUUCUACCACAUAGAAUCACUCUCAACUUCAUCAAACGUAAAUGCUGACAAGCCACAAAUCUUUGCUUUCUCACACAACACAAAAUAAACACUGCACACAGUCACGUAUACCUAUAAUUCAAGAACUCGGGAGGCAAAGGAUGACAAGUUCAAAACCAGCCUAGGCUGUACAGCAAGACUGUGUCCAAAGGAGGGACAUACACACACCCACGCACGCAGGCAGACACAUGCAUGCAGACACACACACA